AUGGCGGCGCCGCUCGGGCCGCGCAAGCGGAGCGGCCCCGGGCCGGCCCCGCCGGGGCUCCACAACGGGCUCCCCCCGCACAAGCGCCCCAAGAGCGCCGCGGCCGGGCCCGCCGACCCCUUCGGCGACAGCGACGACUUCACGGCGGACGACCUGGAGCAGAUCGACAUCCUGGCCUCGCAGGCGCUGUCGCAGGAUCCGCCCGCGGGACUCGCGUGGGGACCCCCGGGGCUGCCCCGGGGCGGGCGGGAAGCAGAAAGCAGAGCAGAUGAUGGGCUGAUGAGAGAUGCAUUCCAGCUUGAGGUGCUGCAGACACAGAAUGAAGAAAACAAACAGAAGCUGAAAGAAAUGCAGGAUGAAAUUCUCACUAAAAAUGGAGAAAUUAAAAUUCUGCGUGACUCACUGCAGCAGAUGAGGUCUGCUGUGGAGGAACAGAAAAGAUCAUUCCUGCUGCUGGAACAGCAAAAAUCCCAGACCUUAAGUGAAAAAGAAAAAGAGUUCUCCAAAAAGCUGCAGUCGUUGCAGUCAGAGCUGCAGUUCAAGGAUGCAGAAAUUAAUGAGUUAAGAACACGACUUCAGAACUGUGAAAGAAAGAAACACGUUGUUACUCAGACAGUCCCAACAACAAGCCCUAUAAAGAGCUUUGCAGUACAAGUGAAACCAGAAGGAUGUUCUCCACAGCCUGGAAGAAGAUCUUUUCCUACAAAAGAAUCCUUCAAUGCUGAAAUGUCCGCUAGACCAUCGUGUUCUUCAGGAAAUCCGAUGGCCCCAACUACUUCAAUCAAAGAAGACAGUAAGAUGACCCAUCCUGAAGUUCCAUCCGUGAAGCACCAGGAGGCAACGGGAAAAAACGGUUCCUACAACUCUGCACCCAAACGGAGCACACAAGGUUCAAUCUUACUGAAUGCACUGAUGAAGCAGCCCAUUGUCCCUGGAUCAUUACUAGGACUGUGCCAUCUUCUCAGCAGCAGCUCUGAGCCUCUCCCUGGAGCUGUGCUGCAGCCCAACUCUCUGGAGACGAAGUCCACACAACCCCCCAGCAGCAGGACGGUGCCAGAAGAACCCGCUCCUCUCAUGUCCCUGCAAGAAGCUCAAAAACUUGCAAUAACAGGGUUGAACCUGAUCGCUCUGGACCAAGGAUUAGCUGAAGGCAGCCCAGCAGAAGGGCAGGGAGAGCUCCUGCCCCUCCCACGGUGCAGGAUCCGAGGAGCUGUGCACCUCCUGCCCCUGGUGGAGCACCACGUCAGUGCCUAUUGCCGGGCGGGACAACUGCCGGACACGUCAGGGAACGGUUCCUGUGGAAACCAUUCCGCUGUUUCCUCCAGAACCAGCACCAGUACGCUGUCGAGUAAGGAGGACUUGAGGUUGUCUCUUGAGGAAACUGCAGUUAUAGCUCUGGGGAUCCUUUAUUAUUUGGUGUUCUACAGCUGGGAUGUUGUCCACACGUUGCUGGCUGCCAGAGGGGAAAAAGCUGCUGCUGCUGCUGCUGCUGCUGGAGAUGAACAGGUUUCCAAGAUGGACAAAAAUGUGCCGUGUGACAAUCAGUGUGAUAAUAAAGAAGAUAGCAGGACACAAGGAGGGCUGCCUGCAGCUCCACAGGAUGCUCCCAAUAAUGAUCGAGCUCAACAUUCUCUGUUUAAAAAGCUUCUUCAGGUUUUAGCUUUUUCUGCUGCGAGGGGUUCCCAGACUGACAGAAUCCUGAGCCAGAGCCUACAGGUUUUGGUGAAAUUAGCUGAAAAUUCAACAAUGGACUUGCUAAUAAAUUUUCAGCAGCUGCUGAGCAGCCAGACCCUGCUGCACUGCCUGUGUCCAGAGACCCCCCUGCCUGCCGUCCUGCUGACCGUGAGGCUGCUGGCUGUGCUCGCUCAGCACCCGGGCUUGGCAGCUCAGCUGUGCUCCCACUCAGACACCUGCCUUCUCCUUGCACUGUACAUGUACAUAACAUCAAGACCAGAUAAAUCAGCGUCUGAAAUGCUCUGGCUUCAGCUGGAACAAGAGGCCGUCAGGCUCCUGACGUGGCGCACGAGGUGCUCCAGACCAGCACUUCUGUCACCUGGCACGGCCUGUCAGUGCAACCUCGAGGUGGUUAAGGCACUAAUUAUAAUGUUACAUAGGCAGUGGAUGAAGGUGAGAAGAGCUGAGAACAGCCUGUGUGCACAUAAGGAACAAGUUAUUCAGUUCUUACGGGAUGCUGUUUUACUCUUGCACAGCCUGUCUCAGAAAGAUAAACUGUUCCACGAGCACUGCUUAGAAGUUCUCCAUCAAUAUGACCAAGCUAUGCCAGGCAUAAGAGCCAUUCUCAAAAAGACUCAAAAGCUGAGUGCCUGUGAAGAGCUGAUUUUGGAUGAACUGUAUCCUCCUGAGCCAGAAGACCAAGGAAUGGACUCCAGCUAGCCAACAUCUAACACAGAUCUGUCCUUCCUCAUCUGAAUCAUCAUAAUCAUUGCCAGUGCAAAUGUGAACUUUAAAUCAUCCCUUCAUGAAGUGACAGCCUAAAGGUUGCAUUCCAAGGCAGCACAACUAAGACACGUUUCUUUGCUGUAAUUAUUUCAGUGCCAUUGAAAUGUAGCUGAAAGUAAACAGAUUUUGAGAUGAGAACGAUAGUGCAAUGGAUUUAUGAUUGGCCCUGGUUAUGAAUUUCAUCCUGUACAAAACUGCUGGAAAUGGAACGGAAAUGUCACUCCAUGUCCUCUGUUUUCCUGUGACUGCGGUUGAAUUUACGAUGCUGAACAUGCAAGAUGUUUGGGAUCACUGCAUUCAUAUGCAAGUCCUUUGAACACACUUUCUUUUGUAAUUUUAACUCUUUCUUGCUUGACUUCCAGAAUUUUCAUGUUGGUAUUAGUAAACAGUUUACAGUGAUUUUAAAAGCCUUUCUAGAAGUAACUUGGAGUUGGCAGUUCACUGCAGGGCUUUGUAUUUCUUGCUGAGAAUUGGUCACCUGAGUUCACUUGAUUUUCAUGAGUCUGGUGGAAGUGUAACUAUGGAGA